CUCCAACUGUCACACUAGCCAGCAUGAGACAGCCUCUCCCUAGAGCUGCAUGUGACCUUCAAAUGUCACACAAGCCAAUCUUUGUAGCCAGCAUGCAGGUCACAGGAAGAUGAAGGACCCAGCCAAAUCGCAGCUCUCAUUCAGGCAGUCACCUUGCAGGAAACUCAGGUGGGGCCUGUCCACCCGGUUAGAGCAGUAACAAUAUUCCCCACUGAAAGAACUGGUGAGGUUACAGCUACCGAUGUCACUCCAUCCAUUCAUUGUGGUCAUUCUUCUGACCUUGCUAUACCAUCAUCUUCACGCAGAUCCAGAAACCUGGCCCACAUCUUACCAUGCUGCCAAGAUCUCCAGCAAGCACGAGAUCAGGUGUCCACUACAGGCGAAGAACAUUGCAUGGCAUACUCCAUCCAGGAGCUGCAAGGGACAGUCUACUCAUCAUGGGACAUUACACCUCCACAACCUGCGGCAUCGCUGCACUGGGGACUACGCCUGCUCUGACCAAGACAACAAGGCCCAGCGUUACACUGAGAACGUGGUGAUAUGGAAUGAGCACGCUCUGAAUGUGUCCUGCACGGUGGACUCAUACACAAACGUCACACUCCACUGUUCUGUCACUGAGGAACUCACCUGUCCAUGUCGGAUGAGAGCCAAAGCUCACAGCUCUGACAUGGAUCAGGACUGGAGCUUCUUUACGUUCCCUGAGAAGCAGAGACUUUUCCUAAACUUCAGACUCCCCAUGAGGAACUUCUGUCCCUCCGAGGAGCAGGUGCAGCCUAUUCAGGUGUCUGUGGAUAUCAUAGCAAGGAGCGAGUUUAGGAAUGGCACCAACUCUACGUAUAUAAGCAACAUCGUGGCACCCAAGGCCCCAGAGAAUGUGUCUGUCACCAAUGAGCAGAUAUCAUGGGCGUAUCCUUCAUCCUGGACACAUUCUCAGUCGUUCUUCCCCCUAAUCUUCGAGAUCUGGGCGAACUUUCGGAACAACACUAAUGUAACAAGGACCCAGAAGGAACAAAGAUACAGUGUGAAGAAUGUGAGAACAUUCACUGUGCGCUGCAGAGAUGUCUAUAACACCUUAUCCUGGAGCUCCUGGACCAGCACACUGACCCUCUGACAACGGCAGACUCCCGGCAGAAGAUGAUCAGCUGGAUGUAGAGGAUGAGCCCCCCGCACAGUCCGGCGCAGAAGACGCAAUAUGUUGUUCAACGUUUAUAAUAAAAUAUUUA